AUGGAAAAAAUCGAAACUUUCUUUGUUGAUUUCAUCAAGAAAUUGGGUGGCAAAUGCGUGACUCAUAAUGCCGACGAAGAAUCGUUCGUCUGGCACGUACGACCAUUACCAUCUACCUCGGAUACUCAACAUCCAUUAGCACGAUCUCAGACCGAUCAUGAAUUUCCAUUUCACACUGACUGCUCGUACGAAUCAAAUCCACCAGAAUAUAUGGCAUUGUUUGUCUUGGAACAAGAUCAAUUAGGUGGUGGACAAUUCGAAAUUAUUCAAGUAUCAGACAUUGUCAAUCGAUUAUCUGAAAAAAGUAAAAUGAUUUUAUUAACAGAAAACUUUAAAAUUGCUGUUCCAUUGGAAUUUCGCAAAGAGAAGGACAUCGAUCACAUCUACGGACCGAUUCUUCUCGAUCAUCAUCAAAUUCGUUAUCGUCCAGAUAUUGUUCUUGAUCACAAGUCUAAUGCAUUAAAUGAACUCGAGUCAAUUAUCAGUGAAAUUCCAAAAUAUGUACCAAAAUUAGAAAAAUAUACCAUGAUUCUUUUGAAUAAUCGAAAAUAUCUUCAUGCACGAACAAAAAUUCUCGAUCCUCGUCGUCAUUUACUUCGAAUUCGAUUUAACAAACCAGCUCUAUAUGACGUUUUCUCUAUUUAUAAUGAAACUAAAUUACGUCCCGAAUAUUUAACGUUACCACACACAUUACUCGACUAUUUUCAUGAGCAACAUACUCGUUUGUACAAAACUUUGAAUCUAAUUGUUCAACAAUAUCAUCAAUCGACGGAAGUAGGUGCAGAAAUUCGACGUACAUUUCAAUUCGAAUCAAAAAUUCACAAUCUUCUAUGUGAAUUAAAUAUUCAUCGUCCAAAUUUCGAUAUGGGAAAUUAUCGACCAGAUAUUCUGUUCACCAAAGGAUGUCGUUUCACCAUGAAUGGCAAACAUCGAUUUGAACCGAAAAUUUGUGAAAUUAACGCUCGAUUCGUAUGGAAUGCAUUUCUUUUUUCAGUAGCAAUCUGUCCUGGAGAUAAUGACAAUCAAAUUUCAGUCAAUUUCAAGACUAUGCUUGAUAUGAUCAUCGCAUCAUCUCAAUUUGAUACUACAAAAUCGAUGACAAUUCUAAAAUCGAAAGAAAACGGCUUUGAUAUACAUCUAUUUCAAAAAUAUUGGAUCAAUAAAUAUCAUCAAAAUUGUCGUAUAAUUCAUCCCGAUCAAGUACAUAUUAUCAAUGGACAAUUAUAUGAUCGAAAUGAUGGAUAUCCUAUUCAACAAUUGAUUAUGGAAUUGCAUCAAGAUGAAAUUUUGAAUUUCUCAGAUGAUAUUCUUCAUAAUUUUAUUCAUAAUACUCAACUACGAUAUAUGAAUGAUCUGCGAACAAUUUUUCUUGUACAUGAUAAACGUAUGGAUGUUUCCCAAGAAGAUUGGUCUCGUCUCUUAUUAGAUCUGAAUCAUCAAGAAUGGAUCAUUCAACAGUAUCAAGAAUCAAUUCAAUACGAGUCUAUGAAUCUAUCAGGCAUGUUAUUCUGUUCCAAUAAUCGCUGUUUCAAUCUUGGACCUAUUCGAUUAUCUCCAAACAAGAUUGUCAAUAUUUGUCAUGGUGGCUAUUUCAUUCGACCUUUUAUUCAUCGUCGAUAUGUAUAUUGUUCUGAACAAGAUGAAAUUCUCACCAAAACAAAACUACAUGAACAAUUAGCAUUGUCCAGAUUGACCCAUUCACAUUGGAAUCGAAAUGUCUAUCUAUCAUCAUCGGGUGGUAGUGGUGGAAAACGAUUGUUCUUUGCUACAGAUAUUCAAGAAAAUCAACGGCAACGAGAAAUUUUAGUCGACAUGAUGCUUUCCAAGAAUGUUCUCUCCGAGACAGAUGUCUGUCUCAAUCUAUUUCAUUGUAAAAAUAUGUAUCGUUCAUUGGAAAUUUUCAAUGAUUUCUGUUCAAUGGCUUAUUGUACAGUUUUACCUAUGGGUUCCGAUGUUGAAGAUGAUAAAGUUCUCAACAUUAUAGAACAUUUUCGACCGAAUGUUCUCAUGGGUUCACCCUAUCGACUUAUGCAGUUAGCUCUAUUUAUUGAAAAACAUCAUCGAACAAAUGAAAAAAUUCAUUUUGAAAAAAUUUUCUUUGCCUGUGAACCAUUGGAUAAUCUUAAACGAGAUUAUUUCAAACGCAUCUUUCACUGUUCGAUGUGCUUAGGUUUUUAUGGAUCAGCUGAAACCGGUGUUUUCGCUUGUCAAACGCCUGAAUAUGCUACAACUCGAUUAUAUAUGUAUCCAAAAGAAUUGGUACAAGUUGACAUUGCUAAUGGACAGAUUAUCGUAACAAAUCUUGUUCGACAACGAAAUCAACUAAUUCGAUUCAAUACUGGCGAUCUUGGUCGAUUAAUACCGAAUGAUGACAACAAAAAAUAUGGAUUGAUCGAAGUUUUUCAAAGUCAACGAUUAAUAGAUCUUACUCCUGGCUCGAUUAUGAAAUCAGAUAUUGAGGAAUUUAUGAAUCAAUAUGAUUUCAUCGAAUGGCAAUUAAUAAUAGAAAAUGAAUCCAAUAACAAUAAUCGAACGAUACUAACAUUUCGUUGUGUUGAAACAACGAAUACGACCAUUGAACAUAUGAAAACACAUGUGAACAAUUACUUGACACGUUGUUUAGGCAGUUCAUUUUCGAUCGAAGAUCAUUUGACUAUCCGAUUCGAAUUGAUUUCAUAUCAGGCAUUGAUUCGAGAUCAGAAAAAGACUAUUAUCUCUUAA